CACAACACAAACUAUAAUUUUUCUUUUAAUUUAACCUCCCUUGUAUCGCUGCCCACAAACGGUAAGCACCUCUAGUCCUCUCCAAUCUUCACAGUUCGGCACCUCCCCUCCGAUCAGACGACGCUGGCGACCUCCGCUCACCCUCUUCAAUCGAACAAAGACGGCGACUGUGACUCCGAUCAGACCACCCACAUUCGCCCUCCGUUUUGGUUCUCGGUUCAAAGAUGGUAUCUUCCUCCUCGUCUACAUCUACCAAUAGUAGUCAAUCAUCCACGUUUCCUUAAGUAGCGAGUACAUUCAUAUCAUCUAGCGUUGAAGAUGAGUCGAAACCAUUUUGGCAAUAUGUGGCCAUGAAUCAAAGAUUGAAUGAGGGAGGUGGAAACAUUUCCUGGCAAUGUAACUUUUGUCAUUGCAUAAAGAAAGUUCUUAUACAAGGCUUAAAGCACAUUUACUAGGUUUAAGUGGUUCUGGAAUUGGAGCAUGUAAUAAAGUUACCCCUCAAGCUUUGGCCGAGAUGCAAAAAUGAGAAGAUGAGGCGAAAGAUCGAAUGGCUAGAAAGACUUCUAAAAGCGUACCUGUGUUUGCAGCUUCUAGUGGUUUUAGUGGGAGUAAACAUCCAUCUCAUUCUACCUUUGAGCAAGAAAAACGGCUCCAAGUGGAAUAGAAAGAUCCUUUAAUAUGGCAUCAAAAGAUCAAAUGCAUGCACUUAUUGCACGGAUGUUUUAUUCUUCAGGAUUGCCCUUUCAUUUAGCUAGAAAUCCAUACUAUGUAAACCUCGUACUUAUUAUGCAAAUAAUGUAUUAUCUGAAUAUUUGCCUCCUGGAUAUAAUUUUUUGAGAAAAACCUUUCUUCAAAGGGAAAAGGACAAUAUUGAAAGAUUGAUUCAACCCAUUAAAAAUACAUGGAAGGGAAACAACGUUAGUAUUGUGUGUGAUGGUUGGAGUGACUCACAAAGAAGACAUCUGAUAAAUUGUAUGCAUUUCAGAUAGCAAACCAAUGUUUUUCAAAGGCAGUUGAUUGCUUAGGUUGUGGAAGCCUAUAUUCAGAACAAAUGAAGAAAGAUCACAUCAGAACAAAUUAACAUUGAUGGUGAUCUUAUGAACUUAUUCUUGAACAGAGCCAUGGGGUUUUUAGGUUUUUUCAAGAGGUUUAAUGGCCUUCAGAAAUUUGAUGCAAUGCUUAGAACAAAACCUCUUAGGAACAUUCAGUGUAGAGGCUCAUCAAAUUCCAAGAUUUUCCAUGGUGGCGAUGAAACAAUGGUUCCGGUUUUAAUUGUUGGUGCAGGACCUGUUGGUCUCGUCCUUGCUAUUCUUCUCACUAAAUUAGGGGUCAAAUGUGCCAUUGUGGAGAAGAACAAAAGUUUUUCUAAACAUCCGCAAGCUCACUUCAUAAAUAACAGAACUAUGGAGGUAUUUCGCAAGUUGGAUGGGUUAGCAGAGAAGAUACAAUUAUAUCAACCACCUGUAGAGUCAUGGAGAAAGUUCAUAUAUUGUACUUCACUGAAUGGUACAAUUCUUGGAUCUGUGGACCAUAUGCAACCACAAGAUUUUGAGCACAUUAUCAGCCCAGUUUCUGUUGCACAUUUCUCCCAGUACAAAUUAAACGGAUUGCUACUUAAACAACUUCAAAAUCUUGGGUUUCAAGUCUGUUCACCGGAUAGCUUGGAAGGCCCCUGUGUAGUAAGAGAGAAAAAAAUACUUUUGGGGCAUGAGUGUGUUUCUAUUGAUGCUACUGAUGAGAGUGUAAACAUGACUGCAUCUUAUCUCAAGGAAGGGAAACAUGUUGAGAGGAGAAAUAUCAGCUGUAAUAUCCUUGUUGGUGCAGAUGGUGCUGGAAGUACUGUCCGGAGACUAGUAGGCAUAGAAAUGAAAGGUGAAAACGACUUACAAAAGCUUGUAAGCAUCCAUUUUUUUAGUCGAGAGCUUGGUGAGUAUUUGCUGAAAGAUAGGCCUGGUAUGCUAUAUUUCAUCUUUAACACUGAAGCUAUUGGGGUUCUUGUUGCUCAUGAUCUCAAGCAAGGGGAAUUUAUAUUGCAGGUACCGUUCUAUCCUCCUCAACAAAACAUUGAAGAUUUCUUCCCUCAGAUGUGUGAGGAGUUAAUCUUCAAAUUGGUUGGACGAAACCUUUGUGACAUAGAUGUGCGAGAUGUAAAACCUUGGAUUAUGCAUGCUGAAGUUGCCGAGAAGUUCAUAUGCCGUCAAAAUCAUGUAUUACUUGCUGGUGAUGCUGCUCAUCGAUUUCCUCCAGCUGGUGGAUUUGGAAUGAAUACUGGAAUUCAAGACGUUCAUAAUCUUGCUUGGAAAUUAGCUGCAGUGCUACAAGAUAUUGCCUCACCUUCAAUAUUGAAUACUUAUGAAAUGGAAAGGAGGCCGAUAGCACUAUUCAAUACGGCCCUUAGCGUUAAGAACUUCAAAGCAGCUAUGGAAGUACCUGCAGCUCUUGGUCUGGAUCCAAAAAUUGCAAACUCAGUGCACCGAGUAGUUAACCAUGGCCUUGGUUCUAUUUUGUCAUCCUCACUACAGAGCGCAGUUCUGGAUGGAAUUUUUAAGAUAGGUCGUUUGCAGCUCUCAGAUACAUUUCUGAAUGUUGAAAACCCUAUUGGAUCUUCAAGACUUGCAAAACUAAGACAUAUAUUUGAUGAAGGGAAGAGCCUUCAACUUCAGUUCCCUGCUGAGGAUCUUGGUUUCAGAUACUCUGAAGGGGCAAUUAUUCGUGACAAUAAUCUACUUGGUGGUCGAGAAGAACCUACAGGUCGUCGGAGACAGUACCUUCCUUCUGCAGAUCCAGGAUCAAGGCUGCCUCAUAUGAAUGUGAGAGUUUUAGCCAGUGAGGAGAUUAUUUCAACGCUUGAUCUUGUAUCUGGAGAUAAAAUCGAAUUUCUUCUCAUAAUAGCCCCGCGAUCAGAGUCUUACCGUCUAGCUCACGCAGCUCUCAAGGUAGCGGAGGAAUUCAAAACGUCGGUUAAGGUUUGCAUUUUAUGGUCUGCAAAUACCACGAAGAUUGAAUCAAGCAGCAAGGAUCAACUAACUCCUUGGGAGAACUACAUUGAAGUUCAAGAAAUUCGGCAAUCGAUAACUUCACCGUCAUGGUGGGACGUCUGUAAGAUGACUGACAAAGGAGCGAUCCUAGUCCGGCCUGAUGAGCAUAUUGCUUGGAGGGUGAAGUCUGGUAUUUCUGGGGAUCCAAACACAGAAUUGAUAGGAGUUUUUACUACUCUUUUGAAGUGAGAUAUGUUUAGCUAAUUUUUUUUUUCUAUUCUUUUGGGGGCUUUACUUCAUGGUUGGUUUUAGAUCUUCAUCUUUCAUAGAAAGUGUACUACUUUUUGCCACUGGCGUAUUUUUUUGGGUUGGGACACAUUGUAGAAUGAAAUGUAUAUUACCACCCUUCAUAAAGUUUAAUAUUAUUACAUAUUAACUUUUAUAAUGAAAUAAAGAUUAUUAGUCAUACAAUUUGUAGACUUUAUGUCGGGAUAA